GGAACUGCUUACUCCAGAGGGCAGCUGGAGCGGGCAACGAGGCGGCGGCCCUCUUCUUGGCGGCCAGCGGAGCCCCCGUGAAUCACAGGAACCGAUGGGGAGAGACCCCGCUGCACACGGCCUGCCGGCACGGCCUGUCCACCCUGACGGCCGAGCUCCUGCAGCAGGGCGCCAACCCCAACCUCCAGACCCAUGAGGCGCCGGCCGACGGCGUCUCCCUGCAGACCCCCCUGCACAUGGCCAUCGCGGCCAACCACGCCGACGUCGUGUCUGUCAUCCUGGAGCAGAAAGCCAACGCCCUCCACGCCGUCGGCUCGCUGCAGAUCAUCCCGGACUUCAGCCUCAAGGACUCCAGGGACCAGACCGUGCUGGGGCUGGCGCUGUGGACGG